AUGCUACUCUAUAGUGAUUCUUGUACGAGUUAUUGUACGACUUCUCCGUCAUCUCUAUCAUCCAAUAGUAGUCCAUUUUCGAAUGAUACUAGUCUAUGUUUUCCACAUAAAUAUCGAUCCAAUAUUACUCUACUCGAUCAUAGUCUUCCAAUUCAAUCAAUACCUGUUUCAUCGUCAGCAAGAAAUUCAUCAUCGUAUGAUAGUGAUAUUAUUCGUGAAACAAUUCUUGAACUCGAUCGUAUCGUUGAAAAAGAUAUUAAAGAUCUUGAAACUGAAUGCCAUCGUCAUUCUGGUAGUCAACCAAGAAUAAUCAAUUCUGGACAUGUUCAGCAACAAAGAUCUCGUUCUGUUGAUUCUCGUCGUCAUGCUCGUCCACCACCGCGACCACCCACAUCAUCAUCAUCGAUAUCAUCAUCGUCACGUACAGCCGAAGAACGUCGUCUUUUUGAACAUCGAAUGCAAACGGAAAAGAUAAUAACAACAAGAACACGUUCAGUACCACGUACAAGUCAACUACAAAGUGAACCGAUUAGUUCAAUACGACGAUUAAAUAUGAAUAAUAAUGGUCCAAUAACAAUGCUUUAUAAAAUUCCACCACCGCCCUUUUCACCAUCGAGUAGUUCAAGUUCAUUGUCAACAGAAACAACGCUUCGUGUUUCAAGUCCAGAACCAGAAGAUCGUCCAGGCGAAUCACUGAAGCCAUUGUAUAUAACUGAAGUAAUUGUACCAGCAAAACCAGUUGUACACGUAUCAGAACCGAUAAAAACAACGGUCAUAACGAUUACAGAUAAAGGAGAAAUCGAACGUCGUAAUCGUGAAAUCGAACGGCUUGACUUAGAACGUCGAACUUUAUUAAAUGAAAAAGAACUUCUAUUAAAUGAAAUCGAUCGAUAUAAAAAUCAGACAAUUCCUAAAAUUCCUGAACGAAAGAUAACAUCAAUCACAAUUCAAACAAAUCAAGAACAAGUUCACAUGCAACAAAAGCCUUCGACACGUGAAGUCUCUAUGCAACACAUGGUUGAAGAAGAUCAACCACCACCAUUACCACCGAAACAACGACAACAACGCGAUGUGGCUAUUAAUCAUCGAACCGAAUAUGAUGACGAUGAAGAAAAACAAGUUGAAAUUGUUCGACGAAAAUUAGACGACAUACAAAAUUUUUAUAAUGAACGUAUACAUUUUCUUGAAGAUAAAAUACUCGAACAAGAAAAAAAUAUCGAACGUUUAACUGAACCAAAAUCUCAACGACACGUUAAUACACAAUGUCAACCAACAAUGCAAGAUCGAGCACUUGUUACUGAUACAUUUCGAUCAGUUCGAGAUGUUGCAUUGACAUGUCAUCUUCAACCAACACUACCGGAUCCUGUUGCACAUCGUGAUGUUAAUCUUCAAUGCGAUACAGAUGAUAUCAUUCGGAAACGUGACGCAUGGAUAGAAACAUUACCUGAUGUGCCUAUGAAACGGGAUGUUUCAAUUGGUGUAUCAAUUAAUAUUACACCCGAUAAACAUUUUCGUGAUGUUGGUACGCAUGUUAAUUUUGAUUACAAACCAGAAAUAUGUCAACGUGAUGUAGCGACUAUGUUUACACCUGAACCAAUCGAAAAAAAUGAUCGUGCUUCGAAUACACAACUUAUACAAACAAGAGAUUUUGGUGCCUUUGCGAAUACUAUUGAACCACCAAAACCUCCACCGAAACCAUCAACACGACAAGUCGCUACUGAUACGCAUAGUUUUAUAACACACAAAGAUACAGCAUGUGGAUCAAAUGAAGCAACAUACAAUCGAGAUAUAUCAACGGAUACAAUAUCUCUUUUGUCCUUGAACGAUCGUGCAAGUGGAAACGAUAUACCGCCUGAAUUACUUUCACGUCAUGUAUCAACCGAUACUCGUACAUUAGCCUCUAUUCGAGAUAAUUUUUCUAUGACAACACCAUUAACACAAAUUCUGCAUAUCGAUGCCCAGACACAAUCAAUUCCUGCCGUACAACAACAUGAUGCAUCGUCAAACACUUUCGCACAACCCGAACAACGACAUACAAGUGUACAAGCUGUACAAGAACAGUCAACAAUUAAAAAUCAGACAACAUCAAUCGAACUCGAUAUUUUUCAUCAACUUGGUCAUUUACGUCAUAAUACAUCGAAUACAGAUUUUAAACGAUCAACAGAUCGUGCGACAGGAACCGAACGUCAACAAUUAAAUGAUUUAGCGGUGAAUACAGAACCAAAAAUUAUGUAUUCGAAAGAAACGGGUGAUUAUGAUGUACGUACAGAUGAAAGAGUAACAUGUUAUUCUUCAUAUGGCCCACAGCGAACAUUCGAAUGUGGAUUACAGACAGAUCUAUUCGAUACAAAACGUUGUGUUGGUUAUCUUGAUCAAGAAUUAAAAUUCGAUGACGAAGAUAUUAUUGAAGAACAACGUCAAGAAAUAAUUACAUUUCGUUUACCAUUAGAACAACGAACAACAGAAGAAAUCUAUAAAACAACUAUUGUGACAGAAACGAAACAAAAUAAUCAAAUCGAAGAAAUCAGUCGUACGAAUAAACUUGAUAAUUUCGAUAAAAAAAUAGUUAAUAGUGAAGCAACAGAAUGGAUGAGAACAUCGACUAAUGAUGAAACUAAACAACAAGAUCAAAGACGACGAUCAAAAUCACCAGAAGAACUUGUUGAAGAAUCCUAUGAAGUUGUAUCUACAGUUAAAAAACCACGAGACGGCUCGUUUUUAAUUACAGCAACUAGUCCGCGAUCGACAAUAGUGCAAACAUGUACGGAUGUAUCACCGUCAUCAAAAUUACAAUCAAGUGAAGAUGACAGUUCUUAUUGUGAAGAAUGGACAGUAACAGAAGCGAAACGUAAACAAGAUGGACAAACAGUAAAAACUAUAAUCGACAGAGGUGGUCACCAUCGGUACAGCAUUGAUGCUGAUAGUGCCUCCUCUGCUUCAUUAAAUAAGCAACAACAUCACUUCGGCGUUGGAACACAAAUUCAUCAACAUGAAGAAACAACUCGAUUAUCUCCAUCGACUAUACAUAAAACGACAACAUAUGAAUCUCGACGUAUACUGGGUUCCGGUGCCCCGCCCAUUGGUUUACGUACAUUUAUAUCAGCUAUUAGUCCACGUUCAAGUCGAGACAUGACAAAUAGUGAACCGAGUAUUGAAGAAAACUAUGAAGUUACACUAUCGUCUACCUAUGAUGAAUCGGGUUUAAGAGUUUUUUCAUCGAAACCAUUAGCAAUAUCAUCGGAAACAGACGAAGAAUUUCAAAUUGAUGAAGAACUUUAUAUUGCUUGUGCAAUUGUUAAUGAAUCUUUAUAUGAUAUUAAUGCUGAUAAGAAGAAAGUGAAUAAUUGUCUUCAAUUAAUUCAACAAGAAUGGUUUCGUAUAUCGAGUCAAAAAGAAGUUAAUUUUCGUUUAAUUGAAAAAUUUUUGAACAGUAUCAAAGAAAAUUUUUCAACACUCUUAUUCGAACGUAUUAUUAAUUUACAAGAUGCAAAAGGAAAUACAGCUCUUCAUUAUUGUGUUACGAACGGUCAUUGGCAUGUCAUUAAAAUGCUAUUAGAUACGAAAGUUUGUGAUGUUUGUUUACAAAAUAAAGCGGGAUAUACAGCUGUAAUGAUGGCUGCCGUGAUUGAUAUUACUAAUGAUGAUCAAAAACAAAUCGUUCGUCGUUUAUUUCAUGAAUCUGGAAAUGUGAAUGUUAAAACAACAGAUAGUAAUCAAACAGCUUUGAUGCUUGCUGUUAAACAUGGAAAAGCUGAUUUAGUUGAGUUAUUAUUGAAUAACGGCGCAGCAGUUAAUUUGCAAGAUUCUGAAGGAUCAACAGCAUUAAUAUAUGCUGUUGAGCAUGGAUCAUUGAAUAUUGUUAAAUUACUUUUGGCAAGACCAGAAUGUGAUGUUGAUAUUGUUGAUAAUAAUGGACAAACAGCCAUUAGUAUUGCUACGAAUAAAAACCGAAAAAAUAUACUUGUUGAACUUUAUGCAAAAAUUAACGAACUAAAAGGACCUUAUUCGGCAUUUAGCAAUCAGUCUCGUGUUGCAAAUAGAUCAUCAACAAGUGAAAGAUCUACAGCGACGAGUCCCAACCGAACAGCGAUAGCAAAAACGAUGUCUUCUUCAUUCCAAGGAAGCGGUUCUGAUGAUAUAACUCCAACAGUAUCAACACUUCGAAGUUACUAUUCUAAUAAAUAG